AUGGACGGCGUCUGCGAUCAGCGGCACAGCGGCACGGCUCUCAUCGACGCCACGGCGCCGGCGGCCCGCUCUCUCACCUUCGAUUGGCUGAGGAGACACACCUCGCUGCUCGCGGAUGCGCUGCAGCGGCACGCGUCGCCGAGGCAGGCCGUGGUCGGCCUCCUCUCCGAGCGCAGCGCCGAGCAGGUCUGCGGCGUCUUCGCCAUCUGGCGAGCGGGCGGAGUCUACCUCCCUCUCGACCCGACCGACCCGGAGAGCCGUCUUGCGUGCGUGGUGGAGGACGCGCGGCCGGCGGCGCUGCUGGUGGCGGCGGCGUGCGAGGCCGCCACCAGCCGACUGCACACCGUCGGCGUGCCGCGGGUGCAGCUUGAGUCGGGCCGGCUGCUCGGUGCCACGUCGAGCAGCCUCGCCGAAAAUGGGAGGACCUUGCCCGAGGGCGAGAGCACGACCAGGUCGACGAGCGGCAGCGCGCACUCCGCCGGCGGCUGCCGUCGGCUGAUGGCAGGCUGCUGCUACCUGCUCUACACCUCCGGCUCGACGGGCGAGUCGAAGGGCGUGCUUGGCAGCCGCGCGGGCCUCGAGGCGCGCGCUGGCUGUGGCACCCCGUUACCUAAUCGCAAGUAA